AUGUCAAGCAUCCCUGUUCCAGAAGACAUUCUCACCAACAUCCUUUUGAGAUUACCAUUCAAGUCUGUCUCACUCUGUAGGUGCUUUUGCAAAUUUUGGUACACUUUACUUUCCAUUCGUAGUUUUGUUAGAGUUCAUUAUGAUCUUGCUGUUGAGAAGAAUUAUCCUAAUAUUGUUCUUAUUAGAGCUAAUCUCGACCGUAAACAUGUCUUUUACUCUAUGACUAAAUUAGCAUCUGAAUGUGAUAAGCGUCUUGAAAUCCGUUGCCCAUUCGAAACUAAAGGUAAAGUUGAAAUAUUGGGUUCUUCUAAUGGUUUAUUAUCCAUACGUGUUGGUGAGCAUUUUGAUGAGAGUGUCAUUUGUAUCUGGAAUCCAACAACUAAAGAAUAUAAGAGAGUACUCAAAUCGCCAAUUAAUCAGUUUCCAUGUGACUUAGUAGUGCAUGAUUAUCGUAUUGCAUAUGGGUUUUGUUACGACAGUAAGAUUGAUGAUUAUAAGUUGAUUAAAGUUGUGGGAUUUAUCGGAGUCCCAAGUAGGUCUGGAGUUCAGGUAUACCAUCUAGGAUCAAACUCAUGGAGUACUCAUCAAUUCAUACCUUACUAUUUUCCGUGUAAAACUAGUCGUUCGGGCAUUACUGUUCAUGGAUCUCUUCACUGGUUAGGAAAGCCAGGAGUUGAGACUUAUUCGCAGGAAAGUCCCGAUACUAUUGUUUCUUUUGAUAUCUGUGAGGAGAGAUUUGAUGUUUUGGCUUUCCCAGCAACUGCGGAAAAUGAAGAUGUCAUCAAAGCACAUGAAAUUGGAAUAUUAGACGGGUGUCUUUGUUUAAUUAUCCAAGAACUUAAUUCUCGUCUUGAUUUAUGGGUACUUUUCACUACUUCUCAUGAGCUGCUCGUACAUCAUCCGGUUCGCAGCAAUUUUCUGGUGAACUCACUAGAGAACGGUGAAUUUCUGUUGGCAAUUUUUGAAAGUUUCAUUUUGUAUAACCCGAGACAUGAUACAGAUAUGACAAUACCUGGUACUUCUGCUUCCGGAUCGGGUGAAGUAGAGAGUUCUUAUUCAACAAGCUUAUUUUCACUCAACUCACGUACUCAUGUUGGGGAAGAUGACAAAACUGUGGACUAG